UUUGGGUGGAAUUAUGCUAAUGCAUCAGUGAAAACUUUUUCUGUCCCUAACAGUUCUGUGGAGAAUGGGCAGCUUUCUGAUCCAGCCCACUGGGCCGUAGCAGAUGUGGUCAAUUAUUUUAAAGCUACAGGGUUUGAGGAGCAAGCCAACGCUUUCCAGGAUCAGGAAAUCGAUGGCAAAUCCCUUUUAUUAAUGACUCGAAAUGACGUUCUGACCGGACUGUCAAUAAAACUGGGUCCUGCACUGAAGAUCUAUGAGUAUCACGUCAAGCCUCUCCAAACCCAGCACUUAAAAGGUAACGUCUCAUAGCUGCUGCAGCCACAUGGACGCAUGGAAGACAAUCACAGCAGGGGCGCAGGGUAACUGCACGCAGAACUAAUACAUUUUAUGCAUCUUAAUAAAUAAACAUGGUGAAUUUAUUGCUUUUAAGGUCUCAUUCUGCUGUACAGGUAUAUUUACUGUUUUUAGUUUACCUACGUUUAACAUGUUCAUUCAGAUUUUACCUUCACUUCGUGUGCUUGUACAUAAAUCAUUAUUGCUUUUAAGUUUAAUAACGGGAUCUGUGAUGAAAAAUGGCUUGAACUAAAAUUGAAAGUUUCUGUGUACCGCAUGAAGUGCUUUUGAAUGGAAAUGAGAGGGAGGUUGCCGCCGCAGUUGUGAUUUUUAUCGGUUUGUUGAUGUUUAUUUUUCCUUUUGGGUUUUCUGGUUUUUAAUAGAUAAAAAGUGUGUUGAGAUAAAGUAACCGCACAAAUGAUCAAAUGUCUGAAAACUAUGUAUUUGCUGUGGUUUACAGCUAUAAAGGCUCAACGCAUUAGGGCUUUGUUUGCAGGAAUCCUGUCAGAAUGACAGUGCUUUGUGCUGCUAUAAAUUCUGUUUAUUUAUUUCAUUCUGUAACUAACAAUGUGAUUCCUGAUGAAUUGGUGAAUUGUUGUUUUUGAAAGCCAGCACAACACUGUAAAUCUGCAGCGGUUUGGGGUACAGGGUGUUUUAAAAGAUGAAACAAAAGUGAGUGUAGACUGCAAUAAAUGGUGCUUUUUCAGACUGCUAAAAAA